CUGUCAAUAACAAACAAUAUUUAAUUUUUCUCGCAACUUCUGAAUUCCUAAUAAAGUUUUGUUUAUAAAUUUGUUCUCACGCAAAAUAACCUUUUUAUUCUAUGAUUUUAUUUCGUUAUUUCAAACGUUUUGAUAAUUGAUCCUGGCCGCUUCAUAUAACCUCAGUUCGCUGAAGAAUCUAAUAUUAGUCCCCUUUUUGUUUGUUUUCUAUUGAUACUGUGUCUGUCAGCGGUCGCGUUCUAUAUCCACUAAAAAUAUGUAGAUAACCGAUAGGAUAAAUUUGGAACGGCAGGUACUAACCGGGGCUGAAUAAUCUUUUCAGCCAGCAACUAUAUUAACUUACAUUCCUGUUACAUUCACUACUGAGUAGUUUGACUAGUUUGUACGUAAGGUCUAAGUCUAAGAUAAUUUAACAAAAAAAUAUAUUAGGACCAUUAAAAAAUAAUCUACCUCAAAAAGAAGCAAUAUGAAGAAUAAGUUUAGAAAUACUGAAUCGACAAUAAAGGCUGGUGAUCUUAUAUUGACUGAGCAACCAUUUGCUUAUGUCCUAUCUUCAAAAGAAAAAGGCAUUCGAUGUGAUAAUUGUUUAGAAAAGGGCAAGGUGCUCAAGUGUUCGGGCUGCCAGUUUGUACAUUAUUGUGGUCGCUCGUGCCAGAGAGAUGCUUGGGCGGAUCAUAAGUGGGAGUGUGCAAACCUGAAGAGAGUAUCGCCAAAAGUGAUACCUGAUGCAGCUCGUAUGCUCGCAAAAAUAAUCAACAAGCUAAAUCGAGGCGAUGGACAUUCGUACAGAGCUUUUUAUUCUGCCACGUCGUUUAGGAUGUGGAAGGAUCUUAUGUCACAUUAUCCCGACCUGAAGGCUGAUACGAAGAGAAUGGAGCAUUUCACAUCGUUAUGUGGAGUACUAUUUGAAUUCCUGAAGGACUUGUCACUGCCAAAUAAUGUUGAGCUCAUGGGACUAUAUGGAAGGAUGAUAAUAAACAGCUUCACAAUAUUGGACAACGACAUGAACUCAAUAGGGACAGCGGUAUAUUUGGCCUCGUCGAUUGUAGACCAUAGUUGCAACCCGAAUGCAGUCGCCACCUUUGACGGGAAGACAAUCAAUAUACGGGCCCUAACGGAUAUGCCUUAUUUAGAUUGGAACCAGAUUCGCAUCUCGUAUAUAGACUUAAUGAAGACGCCGUACGAAAGGCAGACGGAGCUGUUAGAGAACUAUUACUUCUUGUGCCAGUGUGACAGGUGCAUGGAUGAAUCUCAAAUGAAGAUAGUGCAUGCAGCGAAAUGCCUAAACAGCGAAUGUGAUAGCCCCGUCAGUAUACCAUGGAAGGAAGACUGUCUUCUAGUGAGAAGACCGGAGGAAAGACUAGAGAAUGGACAUACAAUGAAUGGCAAUUGUGAUAUAGUUAAUGGGUUACCGAGAGGGGACGACAGUGUACGUUGCGAGGAAUGUGGCACCAAGUUCACCGUACAACAUGUUGAGCUAUUUGUGAAGACUAUGGAAUUCACUGAACUGCAUCUUCAGAAUAUGAAAGGUGCUUCUGUUGCUUAUGUUGACGUUUGCAAUUAUUGUCUGGAGCGUCAGGAGGGUGUGUUGCAUCCCAUGAACGUGAUGCAUGCGCAAACGCUGGACCACGCGUUCGAUGCUCUCAUAUUGGUGCAACUGUGGGAGAAAGCAUGUGACUAUGCCGAAAGGCUCAUUCCUUGUUUCAGAUUCUACUAUGGUGACCGGCACCCCUUAUUGGGUCUCUUAUAUUUAAAGUAUGGAAAGAUUCUACUAUACAGAAUGGAUUUACAAAAGUCCUUACAACAACUGAAAUACGCGGAGAAAAUCCUGAGAAUCACACACGGAGACAAGCAUCCACUUUAUAGAGAAUAUCUACUGCCUUUACUUGGACAAGCAAUGAUCGAGUCGUCUUGAAUGCACUGGCUGUGAUCUCUAUACAAUUAUAUUACAGGCUUUUUUAGAGUCUAAAAAGGUGCAAACUAAAUGUGAAUUUAUACGAAAGCAAUAUGUACAAAUAUAAACACAUAUUUUUAGCUGCAAAGAAGCUACCCUGAUCUAUAACUAGUGGUCUAUUCUGACUUUGCAAUGGGGCCAUCAUGGAAGGAUCUCUAAAACCUCUUAAAAAUAAAAAAAAAGCAAUAAUUCUUACUCUAUAAUAAUGUAGCUUUUAUUCUAUCUUAUAUAGUGAAAGAAUUUUUGAAAUCGGUAUUUUCCAAAUUUCUCUACUACAAAUUAAAUACAUUUUUCCUCCUAAUAAUAGUUUAGAAAACUUUAAACGUAUUUGCCUAUUUUAGCUAUUCAACCGUCUUACCUAUUUUCAAAGUAAUUCUAAUCUUUCAUUCUAUCUUCUAUUCUUUCUAAUAAAAAA